CAGUGUGAUCGUCUUUCGUAACAACGCGCUCCAGGAUGAAUUCCCUAGUCAAGUUAAGGCCGACAGCUUCCUCCAUCAACCAGAUUGUCCGCACGUACGCACUAAAGUCAGAUCUCAAAAUCAAAUGGGUGCGGCCAGAGAAAAUCCCCUGCUAUAAGCCUGAGAAAUCGGGAGACCUUCAGGGCCUGCCAAAGUUUGCCGGUACGGAGUUGAUGAAGGACUUCCGCGACUCAAAGGAGCUCGAAACGGCCGAUGAGUCCGUGCGAAAGUUGUUCACUCUCGAGCACAAUCGGCGGCGGGAAAUGGUUGAAAACUUCAAAGAGGACAUGGUGCGUCGAGUAUACCGACACGAGCUGGACUACGGAUCGAUGGAGGCCACACUGGGUCUUAUGACGGCUCGCAUUCGCAGCCUGCAGGAGUACAUGGAACAGUUUCCGCGCCAAUCGGUGGUCAAGGUGCAGCUGAAAGAACUGAUCGACAAGCGUAAGCGCUUCCUACGCUACCUGCGACGAUGGGACUAUCGGCGGUUCGAGUAUAUUCUCGAAAAGCUAGAUCUAGUGUACAAACCUUACCCAACACACUUUCAUUGGAUCACCCGCAAGGACUCGUUGCGCAAACUAACCAACAUACACUGCGACCAAAUCAAGGACAGUCGUCUGCAGGAGUACCGCCAGCAGCUGGAGUCUCAGCAGCUCGAUUUUCUCGAAAAGAAGCUGAAAACAUUGGAAUUUAUGCGGCAGGAGCAGAUCGAGUGCCGUGUGCCGGUAACAGUUGAACAGGAGCAAAUCAAAACCGUGCGCAAGCAGUACGAAGAACUCAAACGUAAACGGGAAGCAAUUGUCGAAAGUAAGAAAGAGCAGGAAGAUUCUUAGUUGUUUUGAUUCACCACUGCGUUCUUUUAUUAUAAAAUAUAUUAUUAGAAAAUAAAGUUAAUAGACUUGGCGCUCCGUCGUACUCGUACAUA